AAAUCUAAAUAAUUAAUACUUUGCAACUAUUUAAAUGCACAUUAAAUAACCAAGAGGGACUGUAUUGUGGGCUGGCUGUGUCUUCCGGCGAGGCUGUGGUUCGGCUGAUAAAUACCUGCUCUCAGUCAGCUGCUGAGGACGAGUUUCUACAUUGCAGUCUGCUGCGGUUGUCUGUCUUACUGGAUUAUAUGGAAGUAUCGGCACGAAUGCAAACUUUCCUCAGUCUUUUGUAAUUCGACCUCUAUCCGUGGAAGCCUUUUGAACCUUUAUCUGCACUCUGAUUGGAAGAUGGCUACAGUGGCGACCAACCUGCUGUCCUGGGAGCAGGUGAGCCGCCUGGACGAGGUGCUGUCGGAGGCAGUGCCCGUGCACGGCCGUGGCAACUUCCCCACGCUGGAGGUGCGCCUGAAGGACAUUGUGGCACGCGUGCGCUCGCGCCUGGAGCGCAGCGGCGUGCGCGUCAAGGACGUGCGCCUCAACGGCUCGACGGCCAGCCACGUGCUGGUGCAGGACGUGGGCUGGAGCUACAAGGACCUGGACGUCAUCUUCCGCGUGGACCUGCCCUGCGAGUCGGAGUUCCAGCUGGUGCGCGACGUGGUGCUGGGCACCCUGCUGGACUUUCUGCCGGACGGCGUGAACAAGGAGCGCAUCACGGCGGUGACCCUGAAGGAGGCCUACGUGCAGAAGCUGGUGAAGGUGAACACGGAGCAGGACCGCUGGAGCCUCAUCUCGCUGUGCAACAACAAUGGCCGCAACGUGGAGCUCAAGUUCGUGGACACGCUCCGCCGGCAGUUUGAGUUCAGUGUGGACUCGUUCCAGAUCGUGCUGGACUCUGUGCUGGCCUACUACGAGCUGUCGCGGGCGCCCAUGUCGGCCACCUUCCACCCGUCCGUGGUGGGCGAGAGCGUGUACGGCGACUUUGGCGCGGCGAUGGGCCACCUGCGGGGCAAGCUGAUCGCCACGCAGCGGCCCGAGGAGAUCCGCGGUGGCGGGCUGCUCAAGUACUGCAACCUGCUGGUGCGCGACUUCCAGCCCACGGACGCCGACGAGUUCAAGGCGCUGGAGCGCUACAUGUGCUCCCGCUUCUUCAUCGACUUCCCCGACGUGGGCGAGCAGCAGCGCAAGGUGGAGGCCUACCUGCACAGCCACUUUGUGGGCGAGGAGCGCUGCAAGUACGACUACCUGAUGAUCCUGCGGCGCGUGGUGGACGAGAGCACCGUGUGCCUCAUGGGCCACGAGCGGCGCCAGACCCUCAACCUCAUCUCGCUGCUGGCCUUCCACGUGCUGGCGGAGCAGAACGCCAUCCCCGACGCCUCCAGUGUCACCUGCUACUACCAGCCGGCGCCCUACGUGCGCGACCACAACUUCAGCAACUACUAUGUGGCCAACCAGAACAUUCCCACGUGGUUGCCGUGCAACUGACGCAAACUGACAAACAUGCACACAAAAAACAGACAAAAAGUAUUCAUGAGAUGAGCAAAAAAAAUAUGGCCAUAUGGCGAGACGGUGGCCGCCGCUGGCGUUGAAGAGAACAGAAUUGUUGCAGAGAAAAAGUUGAAAAAAAAAUAAAGACAAUAUCUGGGCCAUAAAAAAAAAAGCUUUCUUUUCCUGUGAAGGCAUAGAGGACUGGGAACUUGCCAAGUGUCAAGAACUCAAUCCUUGCGUGUCGCAAUGCCAUCCAAUCCAAAGUGAUCUAUUUUGUAUUUAAGUGUUAUUUGGAUAAUUCUGUUUUUGGUUUUCUUUUUCAAAUCUUUAUUGAUAUGACGGCUUCCUCUUGUGCCUUAUAGCUCCUCUGGGUUUGCACGUUUCAGUUGACUAUGGUCCAUCUUUAAAAAGGAAGGAGGAUGAGAAUAAGGCCUUAAUGAUUAUAAUUUAUUUUGAAGUCAUGUAACUAAAUGAAGCAAAAAAAGCUCAAUCUAAUAUAAAAUGUAUACUUGGGGUAAAAACAAAAAAAGAAACGCAGAGCACUGGUGUAAAAAGGACAUACUUAAGAAAAUAUGUGCGUGUUGUAAAGUUGAGCGUCAUGCUGUAUCAUGUGGGUUUAGGCGGUCUUUAGAGGCUUUAUGAUUGAGAGGGGUGACAGACCGCGGUUUAUUUUUUAAUUUUGACGUGGAAUUACGAAACGCACUUCCAAGAUGGCGUCCCUCCCCCCCCCAGUGCUGUGAGGACAUGGGAGUGAGUGCGCGUGCGUGUGCGUGUGUGUGUGUGAAGGAAAUGUCUUCACGUUUGUCUAUUGGGGAUUUUCUCCUCCACUUUAGCCUUUCCUUGUCGUUGUAUACCCCCCUCCUUCCGGAUCCUCUCUCCUCAGGAGACGGAGCAUGCCUCUGGGAAGCAGGGUUCCUGGUAGUAGUGGAGGACGGCGUGGCAGCCAGUGCCUUCCCUUAUAAGGAGCAGCACAUGGCAGUCAGAGGCCGCACCAGAGGGAGUCCCGGACGGUAGUCUAUAAUUAUCUACUUUCUGGGUUGCGUUGGCAUGGUGCCACCCUCUCGUCACACAGGGCGGCUGAUUCACCGUUUGGGGACGAUGGGGCAAGCAUUUUUUUUUUUAGCCCCUUUUCGGGUCAUAGGGGAUAGGCCAAGGACGGGCUGGUUCACCAGCCAGGAAUUCCUUUCCCCUUUUGGCACUACCGGCAGGGGUCGAGGCAUAGCUGUUAUGUGAAGCCAAAGGUUCUUGUCAUCCACUGACGUAGAACUGCCCCCUGCCUCCCCCCCAGUCUCCAUUCAGCUACCAGCUUUACUCCCAACGAGCCCCUCCCCUCUCGGAAGUCACUUCAAGGGGAAAGUUGUACCCCUACCACCUUAGUGGCGUUUACAAACCUGCAUUGGCUCCUAUUUUGUGCGUUGCAGCAUAUGUAUGCGUGAUUGGCCUGCUUGAGAGGUUUUGUCUGGCUAACUGAAUGGGGUUUUGGGGUAGGAGGAAAAGGCUAGGCCUCUAAUGUAGCAGAGCUCUGAUGGGACAGAGUGGGCCUCUACAACUAUCUUGUCUUCCUGUUUGGUGUUAAGCACAGGCCACACGCCUCUAGCACCACCAGCAACCAAACCUCUUGGUGCCUUUUUUUUAAGAGUUUCUGUAUCUUUGUUUUGAAGGUUGCGCCAGGAAGUCUUAACGCUGUCAGCUGUCUAGGGGCCUCCUCCCCACUUCCCAACCAUACGACCAGUGCCGCACUCGGAUUACGGGGAUAGGGGCGCAUGUACAGGCUUGGCAUUUCAUUGGUUGGUUAAGUUUGCCAUUAUUGUAAACAUUCUCCCCAUUUGAGACCCUUACUGUGCCGUUAGAUGGUUCCUCUAGUCAUUCCUGUAGCCCUUCAUAUUGUUUUGUAUUAUCUGUUAACGUUGCCAUGCAAUAUUGUAUCCACUGUACAAUCUUUCCUCCACAAUACUAAUGGGGUCAAAGUGUCUUGUGUGAGGCCCUGUCUCUAGGGCUGCUUUGUGGAGGUCAUUGUCAUGAAUUUGUAAAAGUCGAGUUCUAGAAGACUCCAAGCAGCCCAAUGAGCUUGUGUCCCUCAGCAAAUGGCUGUGCAGCCACCUCUGGUUAAGCUACGGUGAAGGCCCCCCACCCAGCAAGCGUGGAAGCAUAAGGUAAUAUUGGAUGGAUGGAGCACGGAAAGCUCGGUGUGAUGUGCAUGUUGGGUGGAUUCAAGGGUUUACAACUUCCAGGGUUUUCAGGUGGCUGAUGGUUCGACUGUCCCAUAACUUCACAAUUCCCCCCCCCCAUGUUUUUAUGUGAGAAAAUGGCUGCUUUGUUUUGGGUUCCCCUGAACGAGCUGCUUGACUUUUUUCGUUUAGUUUAGCUUUUUACUAGCGAGACAUAUUUUUACCGUGGCAGCAAUGGAUUCAGCCAUUCCCUAGUCAUUUUACCUUGAAAAAGGUAAAAUAAUGCCAAUUGUUUGUUUCUUAAGCCUUGUGACCCACUUUUGGAUACAACUGCAGCCCAACCCCAGACUGCUAAAGUUCUAUGACCAACUAGGAUCUAUGAUCGACUAGCAAUGCUUGAUGGAGUAGGAUCAGGUUAGCCCUAUGCUAGUUGGAGUAAAGGGCAGGGAGGAUAGUCUGAGUGUUUAAAAGGUGGCAUGUUUAGACAAUCAAUCCAGACCCAGACUGUGAAUUGUUACUCCCUAGCCGUGUGUGUGUGUGUGUGUGUGCGUGUGUCUUCUGAGCUUGUUUUUCUGCUGUUUUCCCUAUGAUCAGUAUUAUGAUUCCCACAGUUUGACCGCAAAUACAGAUAAUACACAUGUAUUUUAUCACCUUGUGGUCAAACUGGGAAGUGUAUUUAUUUCCUGUAGUUAGCCGGUCCCGCGCUUCAGGAACAUGGAUAACUUUACUAGUGCUCUCCUGUUUGUCUGCAUGGAGAGUUUUGGGAAUAACAUGGCACCCUGUUUACGUUAUGCAAGCGUGGAUGUAUGAGUGUGUGUGUGUGCAUAUAAACUACAAAAUGUGGGGAAAAUAUGAAGUGUCAUACUAUAAAAAUAUAUUUUUGAAAUGGUGAUCAGUAAAGUGAUUGUAUGUCAGCUUUUGACUAUGAUGGAAUUUCAUUUAUUCGCAGCACCUUUACCUCACGCUAGUUUACCUUCGGAAAUGUAUAUCAAGAAAAUGUGUUUGAAGACUUCAAUGAAUAAAGUAUUGAACCACAUCCCCUUUUAAAAA